CCGCGCUUCAGUCACAGCACCAUAUAGUGUACAGACGCCUUUUACUGCGCUUGUGUUCACAGACGAGUGGAAAUUUUAUAUUUUAUCAUAUAAAGUGGCUAAAAUGGUUAGCAAAAUAAGUGUACUGCUGUGUUGUAUAUAUGUAUUCGGCAUUUCCUUAAGCGAUAGUGCGAUAUCCGCUGAUAGUGAGUCCAGAUGUCGGAAUCCACCCACAGCGCCACAGAAGAUCGAGAGAGUCAUCACUCUAUGCCAGGACGAGAUCAAACUCUCAAUUUUACGAGAGGCCCUUGAUGUUAUCAAGGAAGAGCACACGAUGCCGGCCCAAAGGAGAAGAAACAAACGAGAGGUCCCAUUCACACACGACGAGAAAAGAAUAGCGGGGUGCCUGCUGCAAUGCGUUUAUCGGAAAGUGAAAGCGGUCGAUGGGUAUGGGUUCCCUACUCUCGAGGGACUGGUGGGCCUCUACUCGGACGGAGUCAACGAAAGAGGCUACUUCAUGGCGGUUUUGGAAGCCUCCAGGGAGUGUCUCAUGAAGAACCACGACCUGUUCUCGAGAACUGUGCCCAUGGACAACGGACGGAACUGCGACGUGUCUUUCAACAUUUUCGAGUGCAUUUCGGACCGCAUUGGGGAGUACUGCGGUAACUCGGGCCUGUAGAUGACAUGAAUAAUGUUUAUGAACGAAUCAAUGAUAUUUUGCUUUCUUUGAAAAAAUAUAUCAUUUAUUCCAUCCCUUCGAAACAUGGGAAAUUACCACGGAAUGUCUUCCAAACUAUUUUUACCAUAUACGUUAGACUUGAUUCCUAAUUAAGGUUAUAGUUUUAAUUUUAAGAAAACAUAAUAUUAAGUGUUCCUUAAAUAUAAGGUUAAAGUUUCAUAAAUAUGUAUAAGUUACCAUUUUUCAUCAUAACAAUGAAAUUAAUACUACGUCUGUAAUGAUUAUAACAUAUUUAAAGCUAUUCGUUAUCAAAUUACUGUUUCAUAUUGAAAAAACUUGUAUAAUAUAACUUAAUAAAAAUAAUAACGGUGUGCCAAUCACUAUUCUGUAUGAAAAAUAAAAAAAAAACAUUCGUAAUAACAAUUUUACAUCGUAUAGUAUAAUAUAUUUGAGUGUCGUUGUAUAACACGUCAUGCGAUCGGUUACCUAAUAUUAUCUAAGACAUUUAUAACUAAAGCUUUAUAACGAACUGAUAGAUUAAUUUAAUGCUAAGCCCAAUAAAUGUAUAUAGCUGUUUUA